CGCCAGCGAGGGUUGGAGCGCCCUUUGCUUCGUCUUCUCCGCGGCUCCCGAAGGAGACAGAAGGCUUCCCUCCCUUUUCCGAUAGAUCGUCCGCCGCUCCGACGAGAUUCCGGCCGGCUCUCGACACGACGUCGCCCUCAGAAGAAACCCUUUUGCGGCGUCGCUUCGGCUCUUCCCCCGUUUUCUCGGCCUCUUUUCGCGAGUGAAUCUGGGCAAGGUCGUAGCCGGGAUGGCGAAACGCGAGCUCUCGAGCACCUUGAAGAAUUUGAAGUUCAUGCAAAGGGCGGCCGCGAGAGAGGAGAAACCCAAGAAGGAGGUUGAAGCGGAAGCUAAUGGGGACUUCCUUUCCUCUGCUUCAGUUCGGAAGAAAUGCGUUGUCAUAAUGGAAGGUGAUCCUCAUCCUGGAGCAGUCAUUGGACGAAUGUCUUUCCAGUGUUUUAAUCCUUCUGUAGAUAAAAUGAAUGAAGAGGCAGCAAAUCCUCAUCAGCCAGAUGCUCCAGUGACAUCUUCUGGUCCUCAAAGUGAAGGAUCUUCUUUCAGGGAUAAUGGGUCUGCAAUGAAUGGCGAAGAACCUGUUAGCUUUAAUAAACAGGAUUCUGAAGGGAAUGAAGACUUUAAAAGAAAGCAAUCUGAAGUCGUAGCAGACACUCCGUAUCCCAGCAAAUCACCAAGAACUAUGCAAAGUGAUCAACAGCCAUCGCCUGCCGGUAGUCGAAGUUCUCACAAGCAGCCAAAACGAGAAAAGCUAGAUUGGAAUAUUCUGAGACGAUCUAAGGGUCAAGAAGAAAAAUAAGAAUAUAUGAAGUAUUGUCUUAUGAUGCUCAUUGAUUUUGUUGUUCCCCCGUCUCUGUCUCUUGAUUGAUAGAAUUAAAGUGCAGUUGUAUUCUUGUCAUAGUCGUAAGCAUUGUGAAACCCAAAAAGAGAAUCGUCUUUAUAGAAUUAAAGUGUGGCCAAAAGAGAAUCGAGAACCUUUUGUUUUGGGCCACUCUCUCUCUUCACCCACAGACAAACACCCCCUGGAUGCUUUUGAACAGAACCGUCUAUGUGGCCAAAAGAGAAUCGAGAACCUUUUGUUUGCGCAGGGUGUAAUGUCAAAUCUCUACUUUAUAGAA